AUGUAUGCACAGCAGCUGGCCUAUGCGCCGACGCCCUACAGCUACACUCCAUCGAGCAACCUCACCGCGACCAUCAACCUAGACGAAGAAGUCAAGCUCGCCGACACUGCCGCUGAACGCGAUCUCUACGAAUCUCUCGCCGAGAUCUACAGCAUUAUCGUCACCCUCGAUGCACUGGAGAAGGCCUAUUUGAGGGACAGCAUCAAGGAGUCCGAGUACACGGAGACAUGCGAUCGACUGCUGAGGCAGUACAAGAGCAACCUUGCCGACGAGAGCGUGCAAGCUGCUUUUGGAGACCUGGAGAGCUUCAAGGCCGAGUGGGACCUUGAGGUGCCCAAGGCGACCGAGCGACUGAAGAUAGGUCUUCCGGCCACUGUCGAAAGCGUGCCCACACGCAACGCAUCGCAGCGGACGUCGAACUCACAAAAUGCUUCGAUCAACGGACCCAGCGCUGCGAACGCAAGUGCCUUGGUGUCAGCGUCAGAAAGCUUCAUCACGCUGUUUGAUGCUGUCAAGAUGAACAUCUUGUCCAAAGACACUCUCCAUCCUUUGCUGGUCGAAGCAAUCCAAGCUGUCAACAAGGUCACUGACCGCGACUUCGACAACAAGGGCAAGAUUGUGCAAUGGUUGAUAACUUUGAACCAGAUGCGUGCCGCCGAAGAGCUUUCGCCGGAGCAAGCUCGUGAUCUCCACUUCGACCUGACGGCCGCGUACGAAGGCUUCAAGGCCACACUGGAAUGA